AUGGCCAUGUCCAAGUACGAGAACAUCAUCUGGGAGAAGGAGAUGAAGGACCAAAUCUGCAUUCACGCCCGUAUCUUAUACUCGCGAGAGCUAACACUGGACUGCCUCAUGGACGUCAUCAACUCCACUGACAAGCUGCCCGGUUGCUCAUUCGAUGUCUACAAAUCUCACGUUGUCACCAUAAACGCGCCGACAAGCAAUGCGUGGAGAGUACUUUUUUCAAGUCAGAAUUGCAUGUCUCUUGGAGAAAGCCUGGAGGAGACGCUACGGACUCUGCAAGAACGUCUGCGACCUCGCUUUCAACCUGAUGUACAGCCGGUUGACAAGGAGACCAACAACUUGGCUGGGCGUUCUGUCAAGCAGGAACGUGUUGACGGUUCACCGGAUGGAACCGAGGAACAACGCCUAGAGUCAGAGCGUCCAGAAAAUGAGUAUGAAUUAAAUACGAGAGCUUAUAAAGCCGAGAAAGAAUUAGCUAGGAAGCGGAUGCGAUACUAG